UUUUCAUUUAUAUCGAGUGUGCUGGCUCGCUGGCAUGAUAGGUGUUGUCCAUUGAAACAGAGAGAAGUAGCCGAGCACUUUCCAGACUCCGAAGUGAUUAUUAUUUAGAUCUCUUCUUUUUGUCUUUCUUUAACAGAAACGAACAGAACAAUUCCUAGAACCCAUCAAUCUCUUACAAUUGUAGGACCCUAUAAAAAAGAAAUUUCAUUAAGUGGAUCUGCUUUUCUUCCAAUGUGAAUCGUUCUGAAUCAAAUUUCUUUGCUUUUCAUGAAAAUGUAGCAACCCGUUAAAGUUUCCAUGUUCACAAACGUAUAGUCCGUAGAGAAAAAGAAAGUGGGUGGUUAGUAGCUUCUUUGAAACAGAGAGAAAGAAGAGAAAUUUUUUUAUAGAGGGAAGAGGAUACCUGGAGCAACUUUGAUAGAAGGAGAAAACGCUUCUGCGUUUUGGUUGUUUCUCUACAUAAAACAGUGACAAAAAGGAAGAAACUUUGCCGUUCAUUUUCCUUUUUUUCUUGUCUCGUGUUUCUGUAUAUAAAAACUAUAACUUUAGAUUGUGAAGUACUCAUCUUUUCCGACUUGUCUCUUUUGCUUUAUUGCUGUUGAAAAAGGAUUAUCAUUUAGGAGUUUGCUAUUUAUAUUGUGUAGGGUGUGUAUGAAAUUUGGAGGCUAAGUGUAAUCUGCAAUUGCACUUUGAUGAGAUGGGUUUUGAUUUUUUUACUCUGCUUGGCCUGAAAGGGGAAUUUUAGUGGGGGUGAGAUUUGAAAAAAGUGGUUCUCGGUGGUGUAUGAGUAGGAUUGUUUUAUUAAAUGGCAGAAAAUACCAAAGAAAUGAGAUCAUUGGCCUUAACUCCAACAUGGUCAGUUGCAACUGUGUUGACAAUUUUUGUGGUUGUUUCUUUGAUUGUGGAACGCUCAAUUCACCGGUUAAGCAAUUGGCUACGGAAAACUAAUCGGAAACCUUUGCUUGCAGCUGUGGAGAAAAUGAAAGAAGAGCUGAUGCUGCUUGGAUUCAUAUCGCUCCUUCUAACGGCUACCUCAAGCGUGAUAGCCAAUAUUUGCAUUCCAUCAAAGUUCUAUGAUAGUACUUUUGCUCCUUGCUCUAGGUCUGAGAUUGAUGACAUGGAAGAAAAAUCUUCCGAGGGGCGUAAACUACUGAUGCUUUCUGUUUCUCCUAUCUCAGUCCGGAGAAUACUUGAUGGCCUGGAUCAGAAUACUUGCAAAGAGGGACAUGAGCCGUUUGUGUCACGUGAAGGUCUUGAGCAGUUGCAUCGCUUCAUCUUCGUCAUGGCAAUUACACAUAUAUCUUACAGUUGCUUAACCAUGUUGCUGGCUAUUGUGAAGAUUCAUAGUUGGAGGGUGUGGGAAGACGAGGCUCAUUGGGACCGCCAUGAUACCUUAACAGAAAUCACAAGAGAGCAGACGUUGCGGAGGCAGACAACUUUUGUCAGAUAUCAUGCAUCAAAUCCUUUGGUCAAGAAUAGUUUUCUUAUCUGGGUGACUUGUUUCUUCCGGCAGUUUGGGCGUUCAGUAGUUCGCCCGGACUAUCUUACCCUCCGCAAGGGCUUCAUCACGAAUCACAAUCUCUCAUCGAAAUAUGAUUUUCACAGUUACAUGAUUCGAUCUAUGGAAGAAGAAUUCCAGAGGAUAGUUGGUGUGAGUGGUCCAUUGUGGGGAUUUGUUGUCGCUUUCAUGCUGUUUAAUAUAAAAGGGUCUAAUCUCUAUUUCUGGAUAGCCGUCAUUCCUAUUACUCUUGUCCUUUUGGUGGGUGCAAAACUACAGCAUGUUAUUGCAACCUUAGCAUUGGAAAAUGCUAGCAUAAAUGGAUACUUUUCAGGAACAAAGCUGAAGCCUCGAGAUGACCUUUUCUGGUUCAAGAAGCCAGAACUGCUGUUGUCCUUGAUCCAUUUUAUUCUGUUCCAGAAUUCAUUUGAGUUGGCUUCUUUCUUUUGGUUCUGGUGGCAGUUUGGAUACAACUCCUGCUUUAUCCGGAACCAUUUGCUGGUAUAUAUUCGACUUAUAUUGGGAUUUGCUGGACAAUUCCUCUGCAGCUACAGCACCUUGCCCCUUUAUGCAUUGGUUACUCAGAUGGGAACAAACUAUAAGGCAGCACUUAUCCCUCAAAGGAUAAGGGAGACAAUACAUGGAUGGGGGAAGGCAGCUAGAAGGAAGAGAAGGCAUGGAAUGUUCACAGAUGAUUCUACCAUACAUACAGAUACAAGUACAGUAUUAUCGCUCGAGGAAGAUGAUACCCAGUAUAUUGAUAUUUCUGAGACUGCCACUGGUGCGCACAAUGAAAUAGAGUUACAGCCAGCUUCUACUCCUUCAAAUAGCACGCCUCCGUUCCCAAAUGAAACUUCAAGUAGGGUUGGCACUCCCCUCCUUCGACCGUCGGCAUCUAUUUCCUUACAAAAGACACCAAACUAUUUGACGGAAAUUAUUCCUAGAUCUUCUUCUUUGCCAGCCAGAAGAGAUUGAACCAGCUUUAAAAGAUGACUGCGCUUGUGAAAGAGUUCAGUUGAUGGAUUUUAACUUCAUAGGGAUCUUAGUGAAAAGCGCGAGGGAAAAGAACAGAAAGUGCUAGUAUUAGCUUGCUCAGUUUUCUUGCAAAGUUCCUGGCCUUCCCUCAUUCUUUCUGCAGAUCCAUGUAGAGAAUCAAGGUUCAUAGUACUUAAGUUGUAGCAUCAAAUAUACAACUAGGAAAUUAGUAUAUGGCUCUGAUUGCCAAAGAAUAUUUGCUAUAUCAUAAUGUAACUCACAGGUAUAGAAAUUACACAAAUUCGUACAUCCUUACCUGCA